AUGGUGAGGUCCUUUGUACGGGGUAGUACGUGCAUUUAUGGCACUUUUCUCACUGGCCAUGUGACCCCUCCCUUCAAAAGCACCAUUGUCAACUAUAGUCAUCACCACCACCACCACCACUACCACCACCACCAUCACUACCACCACCACACCACCACCACCACCACCACCACCAUCACCACUGCCUCCACGAUCACCGCCGACACCACCAUUACCACCGACACCUCCGUCAGCACCACCGACACCUCUGUCGACACUACCAACACCUCCGUCAACACCAUCGACACCCCUGUCAACACCAUCGACACUUCCGUCAACACCAUCAACAUCACCAUCACCACCACUACUAUUCAUUUGUUCGCAAACAGGUGA